GUUUUCACUGAAGUGCGAGAAGGAGGCUGUGAGGCAGGUAGACAACAUCCUGUUGUUGGGGCGCUCUUUUCUUUUUUGAACAUCUGGCUGAACAGGGAGGCAGGUGGCUGAGUCGUGCCUGGUUGCGGCGGCAGCAGCAACAGCAGCCUUUCCCUGCUACUGUCCCCUGGCCAUGGACGCGGUGGCUGUGUAUCAUGGCAAGAUCAGCCGGGAGACGGGGGAGAAGCUCCUGCUCGCCACGGGCCUGGACGGCAGCUAUCUGCUGAGGGACAGCGAGAGUGUUCCCGGCGUGUACUGUCUGUGUGUGCUGUAUCAAGGUUACAUUUAUACAUACCGAGUGUCCCAGACAGAAACAGGUUCUUGGAGUGCUGAGACAGCACCGGGGGUACAUAAAAGAUUUUUCCGGAAAAUAAAAAAUCUCAUUUCAGCAUUUCAGAAGCCAGAUCAAGGUAUUGUAAUACCUUUGCAGUAUCCAGUUGAGAAGAAGCCUUCAGCUAGAAGUACACAAGGUGCCACAGGAAGAAGAGACGAUCCUGAUGUCCUCCUGAAAGCACCAUGAAGAAAAGGAAAACACACCUUGUACUUUAUUUUCAAUAAUUUAAAUAUAUGCUAAGUCUUAUAUAUAAUAGAUAAUACAGUUCAGUGAGCUACAAAUGUAUUUCUAAAACCAUCAUAGCCCUGUAAUGGAAGCAUCUAGCAUGAUGCUAAAGCUGAAAUGGACUUUUUGGAUAAUGAGGAGCUUUGAAAUGAGGAUUGGGGAAAAAUAAUUCCACAGAUUAUUUUCAGUUAUUAUAUUUACAAAUGGGAAACGAUUUAAAAAAUAAUGAUACUUUAUAAAGAUUAAUGUCAUGUCUUGCCAAAUAUAAAUAAAAAUAAUCCUCAGUUUUUCUCGAAAGCA